GAAAUUAAAAAAAAAAAAAGCUUUUAAAUAAAGGAAUCUCCGUCACCUCUCACCAACUCCAAAGUUCACUUACAGAAACAGAACCGCCUUUUAUAUAAUCGCACUCACUCAGAGAAACAGAGAAGAAGAAAAAUGGCGUUGGCUCUUCGUAGACUCUCGUCUUCCGUUAAGAAACCGAUCUCGCUUCUUUCUUCUAAUGGCGAUUCUCUCCGUUUCAUGUCGUCUUUAUCAACCUCAGCUAUGGCGGAGUCCGAGAAAUCUCGUUCUAGUUGGAUUAAGCAAUUGAAUGCAUCUCUAGAAGAAAUCGAUCCCGAAGUUGCGGAUAUUAUCGAAUUAGAGAAAGCUAGGCAAUGGAAGGGAUUUGAACUUAUACCUUCAGAGAAUUUCACCUCUCUCUCGGUUAUGCAAGCGGUUGGUUCGGUUAUGACUAAUAAGUAUAGUGAAGGAUAUCCUGGUGCUAGAUACUAUGGAGGAAAUGAGUACAUUGAUAUGGCUGAGACAUUAUGUCAAAAACGCGCAUUAGAAGCUUUUCAGUUAGAUCCUUCUAAAUGGGGAGUCAAUGUGCAGUCUUUAUCAGGAUCACCAGCUAACUUCCAAGUUUACACUGCAUUGCUAAAGCCUCAUGAAAGAAUCAUGGCACUCGAUUUACCUCAUGGUGGACAUCUUUCUCAUGGUUAUCAGACUGACACAAAGAAAAUAUCGGCUGUAUCCAUCUUUUUUGAGACAAUGCCAUACAGAUUGGAUGAGAACACUGGUUACAUUGAUUACGAUCAGCUAGAAAAAAGUGCCGUGCUUUUCAGACCCAAACUUAUUGUUGCGGGUGCAAGUGCUUAUGCUCGUCUAUAUGAUUAUGCACGUAUUCGUAAGGUUUGUGACAAGCAAAAGGCAGUUAUGCUGGCUGAUAUGGCUCAUAUUAGUGGAUUGGUUGCUGCUGGCGUUAUUCCUUCUCCUUUUGAGUAUGCAGAUGUUGUUACAACUACAACUCACAAAUCGCUUCGCGGUCCUAGAGGGGCUAUGAUAUUCUUUAGGAAGGGGUUAAAAGAGAUUAACAAACAAGGGAAAGAGGUCAUAUAUGACUAUGAAGACAGAAUUAACCAAGCUGUUUUUCCUGGACUGCAAGGUGGUCCACAUAAUCAUACUAUAACGGGUCUAGCAGUUGCUCUGAAGCAGGCGAGAACACCUGAGUAUAAGGCCUACCAGGAUCAAGUUCUCCGUAAUUGCUCAAAGUUUGCUGAGUCUUUGCUUGCGAAAGGAUAUGAUUUAGUGUCUGGAGGCACUGAGAAUCAUUUAGUUUUGGUGAAUCUGAAAAACAAGGGAAUAGAUGGAUCAAGAGUGGAAAAGGUAUUAGAAUCAGUACAUAUUGCAGCAAACAAGAAUACUGUUCCGGGAGAUGUUUCUGCCAUGGUUCCCGGUGGCAUCCGUAUGGGAACACCAGCCCUCACAUCAAGAGGAUUCAUUGAGGAAGAUUUUGUAAAAGUGGCGGAGUAUUUUGAUUUAGCCGUCAAAAUAGCCUUAAAGAUCAAGGCAGAGUCUCAAGGAACAAAAUUGAAGGACUUUGUAGCAACAAUGCAAUCAAAUGAGAAAUUACAGUCAGAGAUGGCUAAGUUGCGUGAGAUGGUAGAAGAAUAUGCGAAGCAAUUCCCAACAAUUGGGUUCGAGAAAGAGACGAUGAGAUACAAGGAGUAGUUUCAAUCAAAUGGAUUGACACGUUUCCACAUCUCCGAGAUGCUUUAGUGAUCUUGUCUGCGUCCUGGACCAGAGGCGUGGUCGAUUUCUAAAAGUAUCUCGGAAACUAAAGUUGAACUCGAAAAAUGGCACUCCAGUGUUGUCACCUUUUUCCCUUUGUUCUCAUAUUUAUCUUUGCUUCCUUAAGUUGGUUCAUCAAUUUAAAUAAUUGUAUUGCAACAGUUUUAAGGUUGCGAUAGCUUAAACGAUGCAGCUUUGAUAUUAAACAGAAUUGUUUCUUAAAUAAGAAGUCUCUUGCUUUUCAACAUAAA